AGGAGCUCGAACAGUAGUCAGUAUAUCUGAUGAGUGACCUGAAGCCCAGCUGUAGGUUUUGUCCCGUUUGCGUCCUUGUGUCUAUUGUUUAAAGUGUUUUAUCAGGUAUCUACACAUAAAGGGGUAUGACGUCAACAGCGGGUCCAGUCAGUAGAAAGACCUCAUCAUCUCCUCCCAUCUCUCGCCUCUCCAGCUCGUCCUUACACAUCUGAGGAGUACUUACCUUUUCGAUUGCAUUGCGCUUUUCGGGACUUGCGCCAUGGGGGGAUUAGACGCACUCCGGCAGUUUAAUUUGCUCAAAUGGCUCAGAGAGGAGAGACAAUCGAGGAAACUGAUUCUCUUCAUUGUUUUUGUCGCUCUGCUUCUGGACAACAUGCUGCUGACGGUGGUCGUUCCCAUCAUUCCCAGCUACCUGUACACUCUGGAUGAGUCGACAGACGUGCUUAAGAACAACACGGCACCGAAGCAGGAUUCUCCAGCAUCCUUCCAAAGCAUUGUGUCCUUAUACGAUAACACUGUUAGGUUGUCUGGGUUCAACACCACAGCUAGGACUACUGACCUGCUCCCUCUGACCCCUACUGGUACACAGCUCCCACCAAACUCAACCGACUGCCCCCGGUCCACCAACAAGCUGAUUAAUGAAAAUGUCAAAGUAGGAAUGCUGUUUGCUUCCAAGGCCACCGUGCAACUGAUUACCAACCCGUUUGUAGGGCCAAUCACAAACAGGAUAGGUUACCAGCUUCCCAUAUUUGCUGGCUUCUGUAUAAUGUUCAUCUCUACUAUCAUGUUUGCCUUCUCAUCGAGCUACGCUCUGCUGUUUCUGGCCAGAUCGCUUCAAGGCGUGGGUUCGUCCUGCUCAUCUGUGGCCGGGAUGGGAAUGCUCGCCAGUGUGUACACAGAUGAUGAGGAGAGAGGUCAUGCCAUUGGCAUUGCCUUGGGAGGUUUGGCAUUAGGAGUGUUAGUUGGACCCCCAUUUGGCAGCGUGAUGUAUGAGUUUGUUGGGAAGACAGCUCCUUUCCUUAUUUUGGCAUUCUUGGCUAUGUUUGAUGGAGCUCUGCAGCUUUUUAUUCUUCAGCCCACCAAGGUGACACCAGAGAGUCAGAAGGGAACCCCACUGCUGACACUGAUGAAGGAUCCAUAUAUAAUAAUAGCAGCAGGUGCCAUUUGUUUUGGAAAUAUGGCUAUUGGCAUGAUGGAGCCAACUGUGCCAAUCUGGAUGAUGGAGACCAUGUGUGCCAGGAAAUGGCAGCUCGGCGUUGCUUUCUUACCAGCAUCCAUCUCCUACCUUAUUGGAACCAACAUCUUUGGCACGUUUGCACACAAAAUGGGGAGAUGGCUUUGUGCUCUUAUUGGAAUGGUUGUGGUUGGGAUCAGUGUAAUAUGUGUUCCCUUUGCUAGAGACAUCUAUGGUCUGAUUCUUCCUAACUUUGGUGUUGGUUUUGCCAUUGGCAUGGUGGAUUCCUCUAUGAUGCCUAUAAUGGGUUACUUGGUGGACCUGCGGCACGUGUCUGUUUAUGGAAGUGUGUAUGCGAUUGCUGAUGUAGCUUUCUGCUUGGGAUUUGCAAUAGGUCCAUCUAUUGGAGGUUCCAUUGCUGAAAGUAUUGGCUUCCCUUGGCUGAUGACCAUCAUUGGAAUAGUGGAUAUAAUAUUUGCUCCUCUCUGCAUCUUUCUGAGGAACCCACCAGGACAAGAAGAGAAAAUUGCGAUUUUAAUGGACACAAACUGUUCAAUGAAGACGAGAUCCUACUCUACUCAGGGGGCAUACUACCAGGGUGAAGACAUGGAUCCAGAAUAUGACGAUUAUGAUUAACAGGACCCCAGCCGUGCAGGGUAACCCUUCAGAGGAUCUAUUUUGUUGUACAAAAAGAAGGAAUAGAAGAAAAUCACAGCAAAUGAAACAAAACAGCCAAGAUAUUUCAACGUGAAUGUCCUGCAUUCAAUCGUCACUGUUCACUGUCUUCUUAGCAGUUGUACUGGAGCAAACCAAAGUUGUCCUUUAUCUGUGGUCUCAAGCGCAUUGUGUUGCACGUAUUUUGUUUAGCCAACAGCCUUAUUCGAUGGCAGCAAAACACCUUUUAGGUGCAGUUUGCUGAGCUGUCUUUAUCCAUGUACUGGACAUUCAGUUUUAACAUAACAGCCCUGGGUAUUAGUGUCAGAUUUAGGUGUGUAACUUGGUAUUAAAAAUGGGGAUUUGUGCGAUAAGUCGAGUUUGUCAAAAUGCAGGAAGAUUUGUCAGACGAUUUCUUUUGAUAUUUCCAUGAAAGGCCUCCCCCCGCACCGCUGCUGUAGAUGACCUGUGUUAGGAAGUUAACACACUUAUAAAGAGAUGAGGAAUGUAUUCUUAAACACAUUAUCAAUACAUGUUUAUCCUUCUAGCAAGAACAGAGACUGUAUGUUUUUAGGAUCUCUGAAACUUUCAAUGAUAAAAGUCAAUUAGAAUAAAGCCCAUGUCCAGAUUACACCAGUGCUACCAGGAUAUACCACAGCUUAGUCACACGCAUACUUUAGCACAACAGCAUGGACUCGGUAUUACCGAAGAUACUUUAUGUGACUUUUUCGUGCGCCCCCUUGGUCGGCUUACUAAUAGAAAUAAACAUGUUACAAAAAAGUCUUUACAACUAUUUUCCUCAUUCACAACAAAUGUAUGAGGUACUUUUUAAAUAAUGUACACAUUAAGGGGUGUGAAUGCUUUGAUGAUAGGCGACCCAACACAGGUCCUGUUUAUGCUGCUGGUGAAGCAUUUGUCUGCUAUGAGGGAAACCAGUCUCCGGGUUCUGCACGACCUUCAAAGCCUAUUAAACAGUUUAUAUGGUUUAUGGAUGCAACUUACUAACCACUCUAGCUAGCACUGAUUUCACUCAUAUGGACAAAAGUACUGUGUUGCUGACACAUUCCCCCUGCAUGCUGUGCUCAGCCAUGGAAACCAGUUACUGAGUCAGCAGUGUUGUUGAUUUUUACACAGUAGCAUUCAGUGACCCCCGACUGCAACUUUACCUGUUACACUGUGGCUGAGCUGCUGUAACCAUAGCAACUCUUAACUCUGGAGGGGAGACGUUUGAGUUUAUACACCUGUGGCAUUGUCACUGAAAACACCUGGAUUCCAAUACUUUUGUCCAUAUGGCUCCAAAACAGCAAACCUCUACGUGUGAGUGGGGAAAAUAACAAUGGCAUCAUGAAGACUGUGUCCAUAUGUGGACAGUUUGCUGUAGGCAGAAGAGCAGAGUUGUAAGAAGACACAUUGGACCUUUAUGCUUUCUAUUGCCUCAAAACUCCCAGUGCAGUUUCAUACUGAUUAAUAAAUCAGUUGUGUCUGCAACAAAAGAUUUGGACUAAUUACUGUUGCUUUAAAUUGCAACAUGUUGCAGUCUGACUGGCAUCUGAGAAGUGCUGGUUAUAUGUCAUAGUUUUGGCACACGAAGAGCACCAACGUCCGUUUGGACACAGUUUGGUUUGUAAUGUUAACUGGACUCAGGUCUGGGCUCCUUCUAAUGUACUGGCUCAGUGCAUACUGGGACUCUGAGCUGAAUCACUUCAUAAACACUGACACAAUCCUGACUUUAACCAUAAGCUCUUCUCUUUCUAAAAUAGUGUAAAAAUGCAUAAUUGCAAGACUUUGUUGGGCGCAGAGUUUUAUGUGUACUGGAAUAUAUUUAUUAGAACUAAAAUUCAAAACACACAGAAGGAAACUGAUUUAAAAUAAAACUUUAAUUCAUUCAUUUCUGAAGGGAACCAGAUGAAGCAUACAGAUCCUACAGCAUGCAGUUUCUGCACUGAUUUUUAUUGUGGCCAAUAGUGGAAGCAGCAGCAUUUUGAUUGACAGUUAGAAGCGUGUAACCAGCUGUGGUUGAGUCUGGGGAGGGUUGUUUCCUGGUGACCUCGCCGUGAGCCUUUCUGAGCCAUCAUUAAUGUUGUUUCUUUCAUCUGCGCGUCCUGUGCUGUGUCAAAAUAUCUGUUAUGGAAAAGACAAGAAGUCUGUGUUGAGAAGCUGUAUCUGUUUAGUACAAUCACAACGAGCUCCACCAGAGUGGAGGAGUAGGUCAACAUACUAGAGAACAUGUUUAUUGUUGGUUUUGCUAUGUUAGAAUGUGGAGCUGGUAGCAGCUGUGUGCUAUCCUGUUAACCUAAAAACACUUGUGGUUGCAGCGAUGUGUGGGGCUUCCUCCUGCAUUAUUAAAACCUGGAUUCUGUCGGCUUGUAUGUAUGAAGUGCAUCUGCAACAAGAACUAGCAAAUACAAGCAUCCAUGAGUGAGGAUUGUAAGAUUGUAAGCAGAGCUUCAUGUGUAGCAGUGACAAUGACAGCGUGAGUCAAGAGGGCGUGGCCACAUUUAAAUCAGGUACAGAAUGACGCAGUGUGACUGGACGUCACUCAUAAUCAUCAUUCGUUUAUAGGUGACCCCAGAAACAUCUGAGUUUGUAAUGAUAAUAAUGAAUCAUUAAUUAAAUUGCUUGAUAGAAAAUAAAAACACAUGCACAGGGUCAAUUCAAGUCAAAUUUAUUUGUAUGGCACUAUUUAGACAUGAGGUAAAUCAGAGCGCGUUCACAGAGGGAAGGAAAGUUUAAAACAUACAAUAGUGUGUAUGAUGUGCAAGCUGUGUCGAGUACACAGCUUGCACAUCAUACACACUAUAACUGGUCAAGAGCUACUUUCAGCUGCUGAUGCACAACGGAUGGACCGUUCGAUCUGACGCAGACAGAGUCUUGCCAGUGACAGGUAUCCCCUCACACUCUUGAACCUCGAUGUGUUAACCACUACACUAUGGAGCCAUGGUAUGAAUGUUAUAUUAAAAGUGCAGAACUGGACUGACCUUCUGUUACAAGCUUAAUUCAUUCCAACUGAAAGCAAAAACAGAGAAAUGUCUGUAUGAUGACAGUGUAGCUGACCUUACAGGAUAACUAGCUUGUGCAACAAAUGAUUAUUGAAUGCUAGCUUGAUUCAGUGCAGUUUUUGGCUCUGCCCCGUAAGCUUUGAACCAUCAUGAGAUUAUGUCUUAAGAUCGAUGACAGAUCAUUUUUUGGUUUUUUGUAGUAUAGCGCUGUUUGUCAAAAUGUUUGUAAACCUACAAACUAAUUAGUUGUUAUAUUUUCUUAAAAAAGGUUUCUGUAAUGUUUCUGGUGUUUAUAAUGUACUGAAUCUUGUGCCAUAUGGUUUUUCUUUUUCCUCUUUCUGAUGAACUGUGAAAACCUGUACUAGAUUUAAGCAAGAGUAAAACACUACCAUUAAUAUAAAGUAAACUAUCUAGACUUGUUUAUCCAGAACGGGACUCGCUGGACUGAGCAGGGAUCAACACGCCCGACACUCCUCUCUGAAUUCUAACGACCAAUCUACGAGUCGUUUCUGGGUAUUUUUGUGCACGUUUUGUGGUUUUGGUCAGAAUCUAUUGAAAAUAUGUCACUCUGUCAGUCUUAUAUGUAUUUGACUGGAUUGUUUUUCAUACUUGUGGGAACACCAUAUGCUCUAUUAAAUGUUGUAUACUGUGAAAAAGCAGUUUUCUCCGUAGAGAUGACACCUCUAAAUAUCUGGACAGCAGGAUUUUCUGCACAAUUAACCUUUGGUGAAUUUAAAACACUGAGCAUUCAGACCAAAUGUUGGUCUAGCUGAGGCUUCAUAUCAUCCCCAUGAUACCUCAGAAUGUACACAAAAAUAACAUGCGUGUGGCUAACAUGUAGCACUUUAACAGGUCCCAGAAACCCUCAUGUUGAUUAGUCGUGCCGAGCGCUUGAAGACAGCAGAUGGGUUGUCAUGACGGGGGAAUGUGGGAGCAGACACUCUGUAAUCAGGCUGUCCAUCUCAACACUGGCCUUCAAUUACUUUGCAGAUGCUCACACGAUACCUCCUUUCCCUCUUCACUGAAGCCUGAAACACUUGUUCUUGCAGCAGUGUAGGUGAACCAGAGCUUUCUAUGUAAGAUUACAUUUCUGUGUGCAAUUAUUUUACCAAUUAAUUUCACAAUUUGUGAAGGGGGCGGGGCUAUGGCCUUACAAAUGGUACACUACACAGCCUUCAAUGAGCAGCUGGGGACAUGCUAUUAAAGAUCAUCAUUCAGUGACACUAGCAGUGGUGCUGUCUCUGCUGUGAUGAUUAUCAUUUUCAAUGAUAAUGCAAAA